CGCGAGUCGGACGACGCUGGCCGAGUGCAGUGAGAUCACCCAGCGGUGGCGGUUCUUCUGUCAGGAGCUUUAGCUGCUGUGUUUACCCGGGGAAGUCGUGUGAGUUGGCCGUGUGAAAUAAGAUGGAGUCCAGCGAAACCAGCGUGUACGGCGCCGCUUUAGCCGGCGGCAGCUUCGACUUCAUGAAGUUUAUCAAGCAGCCACAAACUGUGCUACGGAUACUUAGCUGGGUGUUUGCCAUUGUGGUUUUUGCCACCAUAACAGCGGAAGGGUACGUAAAUCCCCCAGACGAUUUUCAUGUGAUGUGUGUGUUCAACAAGAAUGACGGGGCAUGCCACUACGGAAUGGGCAUCGGGAUCAUUGCCUUCCUCGCCUGUGUGGCCUUCCUUAUGGCUGACAUUUAUCUCCCCAUGAUGAGUAAUGCCCAGGAGAGAAAGCAUGUGGUGACAGCUGACCUGGUGUUUUCAGGAGCCUGGACGUUUCUGUGGUUUGUUUGUUUUUGCCUCUUGGCUAAUCAGUGGGCAAACACUGCUGACACAAAAGGCAUCGCUACUGACGCUGUACAUGCCAUCAUUGCCUUCUCUUUCUUCUCCAUCGCCACCUGGGGUGCUUUGACAUAUUUUGCACUGAUGAAGUUCCGCCAAGGCGUGGGAGAGCUCGCUCAGAACUUAGCCGAAUCUCCUCCAGAUCACACUUCCGAAUACCCAACAUCAUACGUCCCACCAGAUCAUAACUCCUCAUACCCCGCAUCUAAUUACCCCUCCUUCCCGAGCAGCCGUUCAGACAUCUACCAGCAGCCCUCCUUUACGCCGAAGCAGGAGCCAAUGGGGGGCAGUGACUACCAGCCUCCGGCCUACUGACAGAUAUGAAGCGAAAAGGGACAAUUCACUGGCCUGAUCACAUGACACAGAGCAUGGGAGGGGCCUGAAAGAGCAGCCAAUGAGAGCUCCUGUGCAUGGACUGGCCCGGCACUCCUUGAUGUUGAUUGGUUGGAAUUAUUCUUUGUAUUUGUCUGAUGAAGACAGCCUUACUGUUUCACAGCUGUUGAAUGUUUUUGUUUUUUAAAUGUUUUGUCUAGCUUAGAGUUAAAGAGCACCCAUUGCACAAAUGGUGUCUAUAUAUAAUGUGAGUCAUUGUGAAACUGAUGAUGUCAGAGCAGGCUCUCUGCUCUAAGCUCCCACUGUUCUGAUUUUGUCGACCUUUAUGUCAACAGUGUCCCAUUUUCACACUGUAUAACUUCUGUAUGUUGUGCCUUGACCCCAAACAUUACAGCCCAGAGUUAAAUGGCCCCCUUUCAGUUUUCUGUGUCAACCAGGGAGACUGCUCAGCCCUCUUUUUUGUUUUAUGAUAGAAAGUCAGUCGACUGUGUCAGUCAUGGAGUCAAUCAAGCGAUUUAAAGAGUGUUAAGUGUUGCAGAACAAAACAGUAGAUCCUCAGUAGCUUCACAUUCAGCUGCUGUUCUCAGUGGUAAAAUAAAGCAGUGGCUUACACUACUGGAAGUAAAGCCAUAUUUCAUUGUGUAACUUGAAAUGGCCAUAAUUUUUGUCCUGUUUUGCCAAAAUGAAAACUAAUCAGAUGGGAAAUCCAUACUGGGGUGUUUUUAACUAAGACAGAACCACAUUUGAUAUAGACCUUGUUUGUUCACAUUAUCUCUUGCAGUUACCCAGGAUAUAAUGUGUCCACACACAACCUCAAAAUAUGCAUUUCAGGCCUUCACUUGUCAAUGUAUUAGUACACUGAGCUCAGGUUAACUCUGCUGUGCCAGAGAAUCAAACGUUUUCAAGUUCUAAGAAAUAUCAGUCAUUAAUUAAAGUAGAUAUACAUGCAAAUGUUUGAAAACCCUUUUCGAAUGACAUUUUAUUUUCUAAGUGGAAAAAGUUAACAUAUCCCCUAGAGAGAACAGAUGUAAAUAUGGUAUUCUUUUUUGCAAAUGUAAAAAAAAACAAACAAACAAACAAAAAAAACAUUAUGCUUUAUCCUCCCCCCAAUAUUGUUCAGUUCAGCAAAUAAACAUUAAUUGUGCAUUUAAAUGAGCUGAAGGAUGUUCUCUGUAGAGCAUGUGUUGAACUAUUUUCACUUAAAUCAUUGACCAGGGUGCCUAAACUUGAGCAUACAACUGUACAUGUUUUGGUUCUUUUUUUUUUUCCCCUAGCUUGGAUUUUAGCCUAAUUGUUGAUAUGGAAGUAAAACCACUAUACAGUCUUUAAGAAUUCGGACCUAUAGCUGUUUCUCCCUACAGUCUAACACAUUUUGACUUCAGUUUAAUAUGUGGCUAAUUGAGAUGUCAUUGCACUCCGAAUUUCUUUCUGGGAUCUGGGUGUUAAUUGCUAUACAUUUUUUUCAUCAGAUUUUGUACUGUAACAAACACUGGUUUAAAAUUAGGGAUGCACAAUAUUGGAAUAACUGUAUCUGCAGAUAUUUGCCUUCACAUUCUUUUAGCACUGGAUGGAUGUUGAUAUUUCAAACUGAUGUUUGAUAAAUUUAUUGUACACUCAAACACAAUGUAAUAAAAUGCAAAUGUCUGCAUUUUAUUCACAUUCACUACAUUUACAAUCCUACUGAAAUAAAUCGUUCAUUUCUCUGUAAUGCUAAUUCAGGUAGAUCUAGUUCCAAUUUAUACAUCUUAAAAACUCAAUAUUUGUAGUAAAUGAAAAACAUCAGAUAUCCGUAUCGGUCCACAAUUCCCAUAUCAGUGCAUCCCUAUUGAAUGUUUCUUACAAUGCGGAAUUGCACUUUCUAGCAUAUGAACUGCAUAAACAGGCCAAAUGGCUACACAAGAAUAAAAUUGUGUAUUGUGACAGGGAAGAAGAAAAUAAAUUUCAUUUGGCCAAGUA